CUGAACGGCAGGGGCAGCUGGAGUAUCUUUCCUACCACCUUUGCCAAGGUUUUGUUUAUGCCGUAAAACACUGACCGGUUAUGAAAAUUCCCCACUGGAUGAAAAAUAGAUGACUUUGUUAAAGUACAAGAGGUUAAUUUGUUAAAUUGAGCCCUGUAUUGUGAAGAGACAUGGAGGCUGUGUUUGGACUGCUGGGGAUCUUAGUAGGAGUGUCUCAUGGUAUGGUGACCUCCUGUGAUGCUAGACAGAACAGGUCAUGUUAUGCAGCUCUGGGAGGAACUGUCUAUCUCCAGCUGGUGACUGAUGCCAGAGCAUAUGAAAUCCCGCUUAAAAAAGACUCCAAUGGUAAUACUAUACGAAUAUUCAGAACGAAAGACAAUGAGGUGAUAAUCCAUGACUCCAUUACAGCUAGGUCACACUUCUUCAUCAGCAAUGGGACAUUUAUGAUAAAUAACACAGAAAGGACUGAUUUAGCUGAAUACGUAAUUGUAACCUUUGAUAAAAAUGGAAAAUCAUUGGGCACCAGAGGACUACAACUGUUAAUUGAAGUGAUCAUCUGGAUGGUAGCAGGGUCUCUGGCAGCAGUGGUUAUUGUCCUAGUGAUGGUGUUGGGAGUUUACUGUGUCCAGAAGAAAAAUAAACCUUCAAAGACGCCAGCUAAUGAUGACAGCCAGGUUGUGGAAUACGCUGAUGUCAGGAUACUGAAGAAGCAGAUGAGACAGAAGGAGACGGAGGCGUCGAUCGAGGUGGAGUAUGGACAGUUUAAAACAUUACAGGGUCCCCGGCAGAAGGUAGACACACCUGACACACCCGAGGAGGAGGACUGUGUCUACGCCAGGGUACAGAAAGGCCAGGAAGCAAGGUACUGUCUAGAUUCAAUGUGAUAGAAUAGAAGGACACAGAGUUGAAUCUGUCACGGCCAUCUUCCUGGAAGGAAUAAGAGGACCAAAGCGCAGUGUGGUGAGUACAUUUUCUUUUAUUGAUAAAAAUGUUGCCAACAAAAUAAAGGAACGACCGUGAAGCUUAACAGGGCUAUAGUGCCACUAACAAAGAUCACUUCCCACAAUAACAAAAGGGAAAAAGUCUGCCGAAGUAUGAUUCUCAAUCAGAGACAACUAUAGACAGCAGUCCCUGAUUGAGAACCAUACCCGGCCAAAACAUAGAAACACAAAACAUAGAAAUCAGAACAUAGAAUGCCCACCCAAAUCACACCCUGACCAAACCAAAAUAGAGACAUAAAAAGGCUCUCUAAGGUCAGGGCGUGACCGAAUCACUGAGAGUCUGAGAUGAAUCACUGGUUGUGUCCCAAUGAUCUCUCCUUUUCUUGUUCACUUCCCUUGGAUUUGGAAGGAAAUUAAUGGAAUAUGGAAUCUCCCUGUUGCCCAAGCCAACACCAAUCCAAUGCUUUUAAAUGUGUGGGAAGUGGUGAAUGAGUGCACAUUUCAGGAAGAAAGAGAUUAUUGGGAUGCACUCCCUGAGAGGCCCAAAGUUGAUACAGACAACAGCCAUGUUGAAUCAUGUUGUCUUAGUUA